AGUCCUAAAUUUCCCUCCAAAUUUUCACCCUACCUUUGCUCUCUUCUCUUGUGCUGCCUGUGCGAGCAUACGGCAACUUGAUAUGGCUCCUUCCCAGAUGGAUCCAGUAACCUGUUCUCGGAUAGAUGAAAUCGGGAAUAAAACCGCUAGAUGUGAGGGUGAAUCUUUGGAUUUAUUGUCGGAGUUGCCUGAAUCGGUUAUUCAUCACAUAUUGUCAUUCCUUCCUUUCAAACAAAUUGCCCGAACACGUGUGUUGUCGAAGGCCUGGAAUCGCAUUUGGUCCAAUUACCCUAACAUCGAUGUAGACUUGGAUAAGGAGAUCAGGGUAUUUAGCAAUCCUCAAAAACGCUCGUUUUUAGUUGAUGUUUUGACGUUCACCAACCAAUGUCUGCCAUCAAGAGAAAUGUUUCAGAGCUAGUGAUUAAGGUUGGGCGUCAUAAACCCAAUGAUAUGUUGUAUUCUGUUCCCCCAGAUAUAGUUUUUGCUGAUUCACUAAGGGUUUUAGAGCUUGAGGGGUGUGUGUUAGGAGACCGGUUUUCCAGCAUUCAUUUACCACAUCUUCACAAGUUGAAACUCUAUCGGUGCCGAUUUGCCAGUGGAAUGUGUUGCCUAAGAUUCUAUGUGGCUGCCCUAAGAUGGAGUUUCUUGAAAUUUCAAGAUGUGAGCGCGUGGGAAGUUCUCUCUCCAUUCUGGGCACGUCUAGAUUGAAAUGUUUUAGUAUUAGUGACAAAGGAACGAAAAUGAUAGAGAUUUUUGCACCAAGGCUUGAAACAUUAAAAUGUUCAGUGAAACAUGGGUGUUCCAUUGACAUGUUUGGUUGCACUGCUCUGAAACAUUUGGAAUUGCAUGAUGCCAUUCUUUCUUCAGAUUAUGUUCAGCAUCUUUUGUCUGAAUCCUUUUGUAUUGAAGAACUGAAACUUAGUGGUUGUUUGGGGGUAGACAAGUUUCAGAUCUCAAGCUCGUGCCUCAAGCGACUAAGCAUUGACGAUUAUGGUGAAACUUCUGGUGCUGAAAUUGAUGCCCCAAAUUUACUUUGUCUCCGGUACAACUCUUCGGCUAAAUGUAGACCAAAAUAUUGUUUCCUUUCUUGGAAUGCUCCCAAGGUAGAAGAAGUUCACAUGGUAUUUUUUAAUAACACCUUUCGGUGUGCGUACGAGGGGGGAUUAAAGUGGUUUCUUGAGAAGUUACAGAAUUAUGAAGAUCUGAAAUUGGUUAUUGGAUGGCUACAUGACCAUGGUGGGGCGGAUUUCAUCGUGCACGAGAAACUGCAAGCAGUUUCCUUUUCUUCUCUGAAUGAAUUUGUAAAAAGGGUAAAUCCCACAUAUGUCAUCAUAUCUUCUAUAAGUGAUGAAACUCUCUUGACUGAGAUGCUGGGUUUUUGGCAUGGCUCUAAAAAGCUUUCCUUAAUAUCUUCCUCUCGCCAAAGCAUAAAGUUGCUGCACAAGAAACUGAGCAACAGAGGAAGUCUGAAGAUUAGGCAUAGUGAGUUUAAGCUGGUUUCUAUGGAGGAAAUGGAGAAGGGAAUGGACUCUGCAUGUAAAUCCUUUGUGAAGACACAUUCAAAUGGUUACCACGCGGCUGGAAUCGUCCUCGUUGAGAAAGCUUAGGGGAGCUCGCCGGAAUCUCGAGCUGGCCUAAAUUGAUUGGCGGGAAAAUAUUCAAAGAUUUUGUGGAACUUUAUCUUUAGAAAUGAAAAAAAGAGGAUAAACUAU